AUGUCGCGCUUCGCCCACGACGUCCUCUCCGUAUUUGAUGUCGCUUCAAGUGACCAGGAUUUCCUCGCCGACGUCAUCGAAUUCAGCCAGAGCCAAGCAACAGCCGAGUUUGAGAAGCUUCGUCGGGAAAGUUUGUUAGCAGGCGCUCAAGAUUGGAAUUAUCUUAUCGAAUGCGCCAUCUUGUUGCGACAAACUUGCCGAUACGACAGAUACAGCACAGAAGCGCAAGACGUGCUCGCAUAUGUACAGCAUGUAUUGGACGGGCGGGUUCCUCGGCCAGACUCGGGCUCAGACUUGGACUCAUGGAUUAUGACCGAUAGGCUUAUUGCCCGAGCAAAAGAGCUUGAGGACGACCCCGAAAUUCAACCACCAAAAAUCUCCGGAAAUACCGACAAGCAACGGCUCUUGCAGCGGCCUGGCCUGGAGGCUUUUUCAAACACGAGGAAUCUCUUUAAAACUUCACCUUACUGGUCUGAUCAACCUCAGAAAAGGGUCCCAAAUGUGAGCCGCAAGUGGAGUGCUCCACCAUGUUCGACUUUUGGACUAUCACAAACACAUACCUUUUUAGAAGCACAAAAUGAUACUUUUCAACACUCAAGUCUUGGUGGUCUCGUUGUCGAGCAGGGUUCCCCGCAAGAUGCCCUUAUGGGCGAUAAGAAUAACACUCCAAGCGUUAAGCCCAACAGUGUUAUCUCCCCAUACUUCACUGACGCUUCGGCUUCUACUUUAACCACAUUAGUGGUGCAAAAGCGACCGCCGCGGGGAACAGUACCUUCGGUCCCUUUCGCGCCCCUCAUAUCGCCAGACUUCGGUCUUAUUCAGGAGAAAGUCGCACAUGAGCCAUUCUGGUUACUCAUUGCUGUGUCUUUUCUUAUAAAAACGAAGGGUAUACAUGCUGUUCCCUUGUUCUAUAAGUUCAAAGAACGAUUUCCCACUCCAGCUGAUAUCGCUUGUGAGUUGAACACCAAGCCAAUUAUUGAAAUGAUACGUCACCUUGGACUGGCAAACCAUCGUGUCUCUUUGAUACAAAAAUAUGCUCGAGGAUUCUUGGAUGAUCCGCCAGCUGCUGGGAAGUUGUGCAGGGUAAAGAAAUACGAUUGUAGAGAUGUUGAUUUUCCAUCAGUUUCUGGAGACUAUGCAUUGUCCCAAGAUAAAGGCGAUAGUCAAGACUUGGAAGCCUGGGAGAUUGGACACCUCACACAAGGAAAGUAUGCCAUAGACAGCUGGCGCAUCUUUUGUCGAGACGAGUUACUCGGCCGAGCAGAAGACUGGAAGGGAAAGGGUAGAGAGCCUGAGUUUCAACCCGAAUGGAUGAGAGUAAGACCGGAUGACAAGGAACUCAGGGCAUAUCUGAGAUGGAUGUGGAUGAAAGAGGGUUGGGAAUGGGAUCCAAUUACAGGUGAUCGUACUGUAUUGAGAGAAGAGAUGCAGAAUGCUGUCAACGAGGGAAGAGUUGAGUACGAUGAUAGAGGCGGGUUGAAGCUGAAAGACGGUCCAGUCAAUCCAUGA